GAACUUUAAUUAUCAGGGUGCAGAAUUUUACAACCAAUCCAACAACCAACCGUACAAGGGCCCUCGCGAUGACCAAUUUGCACUUAUCCACUCGUUUUGCAAAUUAUCGCAAGUAGCAUUUACUUGCACGUACACUCUACCUUGCGAUCUAUAAAUAGAUGUUUUGCAUGGGACACUAUACUCACCAGUUCUUUCUUAGCAAUAUUUUCGAAUACCUUAUAAAUAACAAUUAACAAAAGUAGUGUUUUUAAUUAAGAGAUCGUAGCCUACAAUGGCUUCAAAAGCUUUGCUUUUUUUAAGUCUCAUUGUUGUUCUUCUCAUCGCUUCUGAGGUGCUAGCCAGAGACCUCGCUGAAAAAUCGGCAGAGUAUAAAAACAAUGGGGGAGACGAAGUAAAGCAAACUGAGCAGUUUGGAGGGUUCCCGGGAGGAGGGUAUGGAGGGUUCCCAGGAGGAGGGUAUGGAGGAAACCCUGGUGGAGGGUAUGGAAACCGCGGUGGAUAUGGAAACCGUGGAGGAGGAUAUGGAAACCGCGGUGGUGGAUAUGGAAACCGUGGUGGAGGAUAUGGAAACCGCGGUGGUGGAUAUGGAAACCGUGGAGGAGGAUAUUGUCGCUACGGCUGCUGCUACAGAGGCUACUACGGUGGCUGCUCCAGGUGUUGUUCUUAUGCUGGUCAGGCUGUUCAAACUCAGCAACAGAGUACUGAGCCUGGUCACUAAAAGUCUAAAAAUGAUGCAUAAUUACUAUGGUUGGAAAAGUCAGUACAAAGAUAAAAGAGUGCUUUGUGUAUUGCUUAUGUUUUAUUUUUAAGUUCGU